AUGUCUCAGAACCUUGACAAUGAGUUGCGCAUCUAUAGUUUGGAAAAAACCAAUGAGGCACUCAAGGAAAACAAUGAAGCACUCAAGGAAGACAUGUUGGUGUUGAAGUCUGGUGUAGGCAAGGUAAUGGACGAGUUGGCGACAACCCGACUUGCGAUGAAUGCGAUUAUGAAGUCUCUCGGAGUAACAAUCAUUCCACCUGAACUUGUUGCUCUUGCUCGCGAUGCUGGUCUUGGUGUUCAUGGUUCUGCUGGUGGUCGUGAUAGUUCUCCUGCACCAAUUGUGUCUCCUGCUCCUACUACUUCUCCUGCUGUCUCUCUUGCUGUCUCUCGUGCUGCUAGUCCAACUGUACCAUCUACAAGAACACAACAAAGCCCUUUAGAUGCUUGGUGUGCUUCACUAGGUAUAUAAGCUUAUGUUUUAAUGUUCCUUUUGUAUGUAUGGGAUCUUUGGUAUGACUCUUUUGCCUUUUGGUAUUGUAAGCCCUACAAGACUAAUAGCUUAUGUAAUAUAUUCUCAUUACUCAUGUCAUUUGAAUUUUAGGCUUUUCAAUUCAGGUU